GCCAACUGUUGUGACGCACGUCGUGGAAGUACACACCACAUUCAACUGGGAAGGAGAAGAGAAUCGUAGACAGCGCCUCGCAUUUCCUUUCAGCAUCUGAAACCGCUCAGAAGACACAGCGGCCAUGGCGAUUGGAUCAACAGCACGAGAGUGGGUCACCCCAUCGACCCGUCCACAGCAUAUCGAUCAAUUGAUCAAUGGAGUUGACCGAUACAACCCGCAAAAUCUCGAGGUUCUUCACCAGUACAUUGGGCAACAGCUCGAUCAUGGAGGAUACGACUGCCUCGCAAACCUGGCAAUCCUCAAGCUAUACCAGUUCAACCCUGAUCAAUUCAACUACGAGGUAGUGGUGAACAUUUUGAUCAAGGCCAUGCUCUCUGUCCCGUACCCCGAUUUCAAGCUCUGCCUUUCGCUCCUCGGAGAGGCACCGUUGGAGAUGGAUGCAACGCCGCUAUCACAUAAAGGGGGAAAAGGAGGCAAUGCUAACCAAGCAGAGCAGAGCGAAGCAGACGGUGAGAAGGGAGCAGCAGCAGCAACAACAACAAAGGAAGCAUCAGCAGCGGAUGAGAACAAGAGCUACCUGGCGGGAAACCUGAACGACGCCCUAAUUCUGCGCCUGGCCAAGCUGUCCUCUCUCUUGCAGAGCUCGCGCUUCCGCCAGUUCUGGAGCACACUGUACGACGACGAGGACUUUGACGAUGCGCGUCAGUACACGUCAAACGUCGCGCGCUUCGAGGAGGACGUGCGGAAGAUCGUGAUGGACACGGUGGCGUCGACGUUCCGGCGGAUCAGCGAACAGAGGCUGGCGAGCUACCUGAACCUCAAGGUCGGCGAGGAGUUGCGCGACUUUGUCGCAAGCCUGGAGCAGGAUGGCUGGACUUUUGAGGAUGGCAAGGACAAGGACGGCAAGACGCAGAGCUACGUUGUUGCGCCUGCCACGGCGGACAAUGAGAUCAAGGCGGUCGUGAUCAACGAGGAGAUUCCCUUUGAGCAACUGUCCAAGCUGCUCUCGCAGGCGCAGCCGCCAGCGCUGAAGAGUAGCAACGUCACCGGUCCUGCAGGGACCACGCCUUCUGCAGCUUCCGUUGCUACUGCUGCUCCUGCCGCAUCCGACUGAUUGGACGAGAGACAGGAACACAUUCGCAGCAGGCCAGCAGCAGCAGCACCUUGCUUGCGGCGCCGCGGAAUGGGAGAAGGAAGGUGAAGCAGGUCGACUGGUCUGCCACAGAGCGAGGCUGGCUCGCGCCUAAGGGUUCCGUUCGAUGAAUGGAUGCUGCGCCCGCGUGUGCAUAUUAGCCGCUGCUCUCUCCCUGCCGAAUUGUCCAUACCGUGCAGCUGCGUCGCAUGCAUGUACUUGUACGCCCUCUUAUCACCGCAUCAGCAGCCAUUUGUCCCGAUCAACGCGAGCUCGUGGGCUGUGCAGACCAGGAUGGGUAUCCUCGGAUCUGCGUGAGCGUGUAUGCCGCCCUCGUCAUCUCCCUUUAUGGCGUUUUCGCCUCCGCCGACAG